UCCUCUUCCAUUUCUUCAAUCCUCCCUCGGCUCUCCAGCGUCUACUCUCCGUGGUACGUCUUUGUCCCAAUUGCUCAGUCAGACUUCCCCGCGCGGCACAGCUUUUCCGUCACCUCUCAUCCUCCUCUCCCCUUCAUCUCACAAUGUCUGCUGCCAACGGCACCAACGGCGUCCACGCCGAGCUUUCCAGCUGGAAGCACUACAACGAGGGAUCUUUCCUCUUCACCUCCGAGUCCGUCGGCGAGGGCCACCCCGACAAGAUCGCUGAUCAGGUUUCGGACGCCAUUCUCGAUGCCUGCUUGCGGGAGGACCCCCUCUCCAAGGUUGCUUGCGAGACCGCCACCAAGACCGGUAUGAUCAUGGUCUUUGGCGAGAUCACCACCAAGGCCAAGCUCGACUACCAGAAGGUCGUCCGUGAGGCCAUCAAGGACAUCGGCUACGAUGACUCCGAGAAGGGCUUCGACUACAAGACCUGCAACCUGCUCGUCGCCAUUGAGCAACAGUCCCCCGAUAUCGCUCAGGGUCUUCACUACGAUGAGGCCCUUGAGAAGCUCGGUGCCGGUGACCAGGGUAUCAUGUUCGGCUAUGCCACCGACGAGACCCCUGAGCUCUUCCCCCUGACCCUCCUCUUCGCCCACAAGCUCAACGCUGCCAUGUCCGCUGCCCGCCGCGACGGCUCCCUCCCCUGGCUCCGACCCGACACCAAGACCCAGGUCACCAUCGAGUACCGCCACGACAACGGCGCUGUCAUUCCCCAGCGCGUCCACACCGUCGUCGUCUCUGCCCAGCACUCUCCCGAUAUCACCACCGAGGCUCUCCGAAAGGAGAUCAAGGAGAAGAUCAUCAAGCAGGUCAUCCCCGCCAAGUACCUUGAUGACAACACCAUCUACCACAUUCAACCCUCUGGCCUCUUCAUCAUUGGUGGUCCCCAGGGUGAUGCCGGUCUGACCGGCCGCAAGAUCAUUGUCGACACCUACGGUGGCUGGGGUGCCCACGGUGGUGGUGCCUUCUCCGGCAAGGACUUCUCCAAGGUCGACCGAUCUGCCGCCUACGUUGGCCGAUGGAUCGCCAAGUCUCUGGUCAACGCUGGCCUCUGCCGACGUGCCCUUGUCCAGCUCUCUUACGCCAUUGGUGUCGCUGAGCCCCUCUCCAUCUACGUCGACUCUUACGGCACCUCAGAGAAGACCUCCGAGGAGCUUGUCCAGAUCAUCCGGGACAACUUUGACCUCCGACCUGGUGUCAUUGUCCGGGAGCUCAACCUGGACCAGCCCAUCUACCUCCAGACUGCCAAGAACGGUCACUUCGGUACCAACCAGAGCUUCAGCUGGGAGCAGCCCAAGGAGCUCAAGUUCUAAGCCAUUUACCUCGCGAAGUUUCGUGAAGGAAAGAGAGUAUUCAACAGCUCUCUGCAUAUAUUCAUCCCAGAUGUUUAAUCAGUCCAUUUGAUUUGGCAACUCAAGGCGGCGUACGGUUCUCAACGAAACCUUUGUAUCUCCCACCGGAAGGGAGGGCGGGCGGUUUCCGGCUUCUGUUUUGUUCUGUUUUUUCCAAAAAAACCAAUAUUUAUUUUGGUUCCACGGCUGCGGGAAAUUUCUUUCGCGAUAUACCAGGCAUGGAGUGGGCGUCUUUCAACAAAGACAUUUUAGGGCAAACCUGCAUUUGUGAGGCGAAGCAAAAAAGUCAAAGACUUGCAUUACGACGAUACCCUGACGACAAAGGGGAUGACAAAAAAGAGACACGACACAUACUUAUGAACGUGGCGCUUGACGGGGAAACAAAAGAACUUCAACAUCUUUUCUUUCCUGGAUCUCUAGCCGAGCUUUUGCAGUAAGCGGGCGAGAGCUGAGAUAUGGCGGUGGAUAGAUCGACAUAUCCGAUCUUGGGUUACGCAUGAGAAGGAAGGGCGACAGUUAGAUGCGUCCUGUGGCUGCUGUAGUAGAUGGCAGCCAGAACCAUGAAAUGAAAGAAAACAAGUUCACGGUCAUUCUUGAUAGUCUUGAUCUUUG